AUGUCAGAAAAAUCCUACAAAGAAUUUCAUUUCUUAAGAGAGUUUAAAUAUUUUUUGAAAGGAAACAACACUAAUAAAGAUACGGAAGAGAUAAUGUUACGUAAAAAAAUUUUUGUAAUACUCUGUGCAUGUCAUGUUGUUGCAUUUGCUCAAGCAAGUGGUUAUUUUAUUCAAAACAAUGCUUUACCCUACUUAACAAAGAGUUUAGGAGUUACUCCACAAAUGUAUGGCAACCUUAUGUCGUUUACAGCUAUUGUUCAACUAAUAGGUGGGCCAUUUUGUGGAAGACUUGGGGACCUUUACGGUGGUAGACUACCUCUUAUUUUAUCUUUUGUUUGUUUAUCGAUUACUUGGGCACUAUUGGCAUUUGCUACGAAUAUUCCUUUUUUGUUUAUUUCAAAACUUCCUUUGGUCAUGGCACAUGCUCUACAAAGUACUUAUUUGAUUAUUUCCGAUGUAACAACAACGCAGCAAAGAGCUGAUAUGCUAGGAAAACUUGGUGUUUCACACGGACUUGGAAUGAUUGUUGGCUCUGCAUUAGGAGGAUUGAUUACUGGUAAAUUAGGUACUAAUUCCGCGUUUAUAACUGGAAGCUUAGUUAUGGGUUUUUGCAUUGUUGUUACUUUAAUUUUGAUACCUAAAAACACUAAGCCAAUAAGAAAGCAGCUAGCAAUGUAUUCUGGAGAAAAGGAAUUAUUUAAUAAUGAAAUGAAAUCUCAAAAAUGUUCAUUUAUGGGAAUUAAAGAGAUAAUUGAAGUUGCAAAAACACGGCAUGUUGGAUACGUAUUGGCAUUAAAAGUUAUUACCGGAAUUCCUUUUAGUGUUUUAUCUUCAAUGUUUACUUUUAUUAUUAUGGAAUAUUAUCAUCUUGGUCCAAAAAGUAAUGGGUUAGUCCUUGCUUAUUUAGGAAUUGUUGGUAUGAUUACGCAAGGAAUUCUUGUUGGAUAUUUAACACAAAAAGUUCCUGAUGCACCACUUAUAAUUAUUUCUGUAGUUAUAAUGGCAGUAGGUUUUUUAUACUUAAUAAUUGCUGACAGUAUUUAUUUAUUCUGUGCGGUUUCUGUACCUUUAACAAUUGGCGCUUCUUUAAUUCAUGUUAUUAUCACAUCGUUAAUUACAAAAAUUGUACGAGAAGACCAAACAGGUGCAGCUUUGGGACUUACACUAGGGUGCUACACUCUCAUGAGAACAGUUUCUCCAGCUGUAGGUGGUUUUUUUUAUGCCCACAUAGGUUUUUUCUCAUUUGGGGCACUAGGAUAUUUUAUCGAUAUGAUGGUCAUACUUUACUUAGCGUUUAUUGGUCGAAAAGAUUUCAGUUAA